UAGUGUCCAUUCUGUUUUGACAUGGCCGUUCCUCGCCGUUCGAAUGUUCAAUCAAUGCGGAGGCUAUUGGAAACAAAAAAGGAAAAAACAGAAGAAAAAGAAAAGGACAAAGUACCCACUUUAUCUGAAAUCUGUUCCAGCUCUAUUACCACAAGCUUGUUCCAGAACCGAAUUCGUUGGAGAAAACUAUCAGAUUUGGCAUUUGAGUUCCGAUACUUCUCGAAUGAUCUCAAAAUUCCAAAACCAAUUCAAAAAUCUCUACGUACCGCAAUGGAGAAUGUUCUUGCCGAGGCGAAGCGAUGGGAUGCCAAACAUUUGGAAAUGUUCGUUGAACCGGCAAAGAGCAAGCGUCGCGCACUUCCAAAAAGUGAGCUCCUCCGUACUUUCUACUCAAAACUGGUUUGGAAACGUCACAGUUGUGAAAUAGACGAUGUGGCCACAUGUUCCCAUUUGAUCAAAACAGAGUGCAAAAAUUGGCCACUAAUGCAAUUCCAAUUUGCUUGUCUCUAUGCAAAAACUGAUUUGAUUUAUGAUGAUUGGAAGUUUGAUAACUAUAGAUUGUCAUGCUUCAGGAAACAAGUUGGAGAUCAUCCGGUCUAUGACUUUUGGCUAACAAUGAUGGCAACAAUAAACAAAGAUCGAGAAUUCUUUGGAAGUUCUCGUCGUCUACCAAAUCAAAAAGUAGCUCAAUGUUUUCUGUUUGCAAUUCGAAAUGGAUAUCUACAACUGGUAGAAUACAUUUGGAAUCAGAUCACCGAUAGAGAUCGUGAAGCGAUCGGACUUAUUGAAUGGAGAAAUAUGUGUUAUAGAGCAAGAGAUGGUGAUGCUAUAAGUUUCUUGUGCCAUAAUUUGUGUCGAAUGAAUGCGUUGGGAACUUGUCGAAUCGCUUGGGCUGCAUUUUUCGAUGCAUUCCAGCAUUUGGUUCAUGAUGAAAAAGGGAAAAAUGAUAACUUGGAGAAGAAUCAGUACAGAAGAAAGUUUGAGUUUCUACUCAAGCAUACGUGUCCAACACUUCGAUCCCGUUUGGUGAAACAUGAACAUUUCAGAUUGCUCUGUGACGCAUUCCGAUAUAACGAACAAGAGAUUUUCUCACUUUUACACAUGUACAUGAGUCCUGCGGAUAUUGCGUCGGCUCGCGAGCACAUUGACAGAAUCUUCGAUAGGAAUAAAACAAAAUCCGGAGAUCGUCUAAGAAGAACUCUCAUGCGACGCCAACAGACUGUUCAAUAAUAAUGUGAUAUUAUCUAUUUGAAAUGUGUAUAUAAGAUUUUUAAAUGGGUAGAAAUGACACUUGGCUUUUUGAUGAACGAAAAAUAAAAUAUGUUUGAUUGUC